ACAUUCACAGCACUAGGACCCAGAGGGAGCUUAAUUCCUGUGAGUCAGUGCAGCUCACUGAGCCCUGAGAGCAGUGAAUGAGGCUGGAAAGGCAGGGGGAAUGUGAAUGGCUCUUCUGGCUUGGGAAAGUGUCCACGGACUAGGGUGCUACGGACUACAAAACAGCUUGGACACCCCUCAGGAUUCCCUUUCCCUCCAGUGUUGAGUGAUAACAGCUCUGAGAGUCCAGAGAAUAGCAAUACAAACAGUGAAACCUGGCUGUCAGGAACCUCUAGCACAUUCUGAGGUGUGGGACACAAAGUAAGCAACUCCCAGACUCUCAGCUACGCAACCAAACUGGCCCGAUGGCAUGCUGCUGCCAACCGCAGCUCAGCAUCUGGACGAAAUAAAGACCUUGCUGGGGGAGCAGUUUUUUGUGCAAUAUACUCAGAGCUCUUGAGAUAAACCUAUCCGCACAAGAUCCUAUGGGACAGCUUAGGAUUCUGCACUUUAUGAGAGACUACAUUCUAGCAAAGCUAAAGCCUUGGUGAGUGCUUUAGUGCUGCUUUGCAUUCUAGCUCGAGAAAGCUGAACAGAAAGGUGGAGCUUUAUACAAUAACUGACCCUCACCCAGAAAACAAUUUUAAGACAUGCUGGGAAAUCACAGUGGAAAUGCAGAGCCCAGUUACUCUUUUACAAAACCCUGUUUGUCCAGUCUAUGUGCGGCUGUCUGCCUGCUGGCCGGACACAGCAAAAUUCAGGGCCAGCUGAGACAUGUCAGGCAAAACAACACACGGAGACAGGGAGGAGCCUGGCUUGAUAGUUUUUGUUCUGUUUAUACCCUGUCUCUGCUUAUUAAUUCUCCACAGAGGAAAUACAAUGUCUGCCCUUAACUGCAAUUUCAGAUCAUUUUUUGAAUAUCUCUUAUUCCCAGGAUGCCUGCUGCUGAUUUGUUACCUAACAUGUGGCUGAAUUAGCCGACAUACGGUGGUUACCUAACGAGGUAUUGCUGCUGCUGGACUUCCGGCAUAAUAUUGUUCUUAGAGAAGUUUUAGAAACUUGUCUUACAUUUUUCCACACCCAAGCAGAUGUGCAUGUUCUCCAGACCGAAGGAAGACUAGCAUUGGCCUUGGAUCUGCUACACAGUGACAUUUGUGGAACUUCUUGUUCACGGCACUCUGAAAAAAGGAUGUUUCCCUACACACAGUUCCCAGUACUAUGGCCAAAAUGGUUUUAUCUAUGCUAUAUCUAAGAUGCCGACCCAGAAGUAGCCUGUCACCGUGCUGCUCCUAUGUAAUACCCAUAUUUGUCCUAAUAGGCAGCCUGAACUUGGACAAAUCCCAUCUGCCCUUGUGACAUGUGAUGCCAGAGCUCUUCUGGGAAGGAGCCUGGACUUUCUUAUCUGCCCAAAAUCAGCCAUGUGGUGCUUCCCGAAAGGGCAGAUGGGAUAGAUGGAGGCUGCCGGAGGCUCCUGGGCCAGCCAGAGUGCUGGGGCCUGUCCACAUGGCAGGUGCAUAGCGUAAUGUCCAUGCUGUACUACACUCUGAUUAUAGCUUUUUUGAUCGGCACACAGGCAGCUCCAAAGUCAGCGGACAAUGCUCCUCUGGGGUAUCCUGCAGAACCCUCCUUGUCCAAUACCCACCGGAGUAACGGACACCACAUUCCCAAGACAGCUCCACAUACAUCCCACAGCCACUCUACUUGGACGGUAGACAGGAGGGAAGCUGUAAAUAUCACUGUGGACCCAAAGUUGUUCAAGAAGCGGCGCUUCCGAUCCCCUCGAGUCCUGUUCAGCACACAGCCCCCUCCAGUGUCAGAGCAAGGACAGCACAUGGGAUUUCUCAGCAAUGCAGACUCUCUCAACAGGACUGCCCGGACCAAGAGGACUGCACAUCCCGUCCUGCACCGGGGAGAGUUCUCAGUAUGUGACAGUGUCAGCAUGUGGGUUGGGGACAAAACCACAGCCACUGACAUCAAAGGUAAAGAGGUGACAGUGUUGGGAGAGGUCAACAUUAACAACAAUGUUUUUAAGCAGUACUUUUUUGAGACAAAGUGCAGGGACCCCAAGCCAGUCUCCAGCGGGUGCCGAGGGAUCGAUGCUAAGCACUGGAACUCCUACUGCACCACAACACACACCUUUGUCAAGGCGUUGACGAUGGAGGGCAAGCAAGCGGCCUGGCGCUUCAUCCGAAUCGAUACAGCCUGCGUGUGUGUGCUCAGCAGGAAGUCAGGGAGACCCUGAGGCAGAGCUAAACCCCAUGACGACAUCCUCCUAUCCCCCUACCUCAGCCUGUAAAUUAUUUUAAGUUAUAAAGGACUGCAUGGUGUAUUUAUAGUUUAUACAGUACAGAAAGAACCUCAUUAUUUAUUAAACUCUUUUGGAAACCUUU